GUUUGUCUGAAAAAAUGAAGACUGUUAGAUUCAUAUAUUUUCUUGCUUUCUUCAGCUACAUUAAAGGUCAAACUCUUCAGAGAAGUUUACUAGAUGCAGCCAUGCAGCACUCUAAUAGCCAGAAUUAUCUGGAGGAGAACUUAAGAGACAUCAUUAGCAUUAUGGUUGCUCAGUUUCUUCAGAAAUCCACUUAUGAAGAAGUACAAACCAUAGUUGAAGAGUUACUAGAUUUUGCAGAGAAAUGCAAGAGCCUCAAGCUACAUGAGUCACCUCUAGAAUGCUCUUACCAGUUGAUGACCACCUUCUUAGAGCAUAUAUGUGAUAACCAAGGAAUGGUUGACAAACAUGUAUUUUCUGACUGUUGCAAUGUAAAUAACACAGCAAGACACAAGUGCUUCCUAUUAAAUAAAAAAGAUGAUGCGAAUUACAGGGAAAUAUUGCAAAUUCCAAAUCUUGAGCAGAUCUGUGAGGUGAACAAAGGGAAUCAAGUGUUAGUGAAGAAGAGGUAUAUUUAUGAAACUUCUAGAAAGCAUCCAUUCUUGUAUGGACCCACUAUUCUGACCAUGUCUGCUUGCUAUGAAACAGCUGUUCAGUCAUGUUGCCAAGAAGAAAAUAAGACUGAAUGCUUCCAGAUAAAGUUUUUCAGGGAAUUGGUUCUGUUGACUAAAAAACAACCUAAAGCUAACUUUUCUGAAAUUGCCAAACUGGCAGCUGAUAUUAAAAAUCUUCAUCAGACCUGUUGUGAAGGAAAUGCAGUAGCAUGUGUAUUUGGCAGGAGCCAGCUUAUGAACUAUACCUGCUCUAAACAGGCUCUCCUAUCCAGCAAGAUCACUCCAUGCUGUGCACUGCCAGUGCCAUUCAGAGGGGAAUGCAUUAUCAACUCUGAAAAUGACAAUAAGCCUCAUCUCUCAUCCCUGCCACUCAGCAGGUUUACGGAAGAUGGAUUUGUAUGCAAACAAUUCACUGACAAGCAGGAUGAUUUUCUACAAGAGUUUCUUUAUGAAUAUUCAAGAAGACAUCCAGAGUUGGCAGUUCCAGUGAUUUUAAGAGUGGAUUCAGUGUAUCAAAAGUUAUUGGAAAAAUGCUGUAAAUUAGAAAAUCCUCUGGAAUGCUAUAGCCAUGGGAAAGAGAUGUUCCAACGAGUGGUUCAUGAAAGUCACGAGCACGUUAAAAAUCAUUGUGAUUUACGUGAGAAAUUAGGAUAUAGUAACUUCCAAGACAGGCUCCUGGUCCAUUAUACUAAGAAAGCCCCACAACUAUCUGCUCAAGAGUUGGUUAUGUUCACAAAGAACAUGGCAGCUGCCGCCACCAAAUGUUGCCCUCUGAGUGAUGAACAGCAGUUUGUCUGCAUGGAGGACGUGGCUAAGCUAAUUCUUGGAGCUUUAUGCAGAAGACAUGAGACACAGCCUAUCAAUGCUGGUGUGGGUCACUGUUGUGAUGAUUCCUAUGCCUUCAGAAAGCUAUGCUUUGAUGAUCUGCACAUUGAUGGAACGUAUAUUUCUCCACUUUUAUCCUGUGACCAAAUAAUCAGCCUUAAAGAGGACUUGUGCAAAGCUCAAGAGGAGGAAAUCCAAAUUGAAAAGCAAAAGCUCCUCAGCAACCUUGUGAAGCAGAGACCAUAUGCAACAGAGAUGCAGUUCCAACCAAUUAUUGUGGAUUUUACUCAGCUGGUGAAGAUGUGCUGCCAAGCAGAAAAACGUGAAACAUGUUUCCAAGAAGAGGAGUCCAAACUGAUAGAAAAGUGCCAGUCUCUCUUGGGAGGCUAAAUGAUUCCAGAAAUGUCAGUGUAGGAUGAUUGCUGAGGUCUGCAUUUUGUUCUUCAUGAAUAAUGAAACCCGUGUCUAAUAUUCAAACCAGCAAUUAUUUUUCAGCUACUCACAACAUCGCUCAAGAACUCUAGCCAGUCUACACUGAAUUCUCCUUUCCUACUCAGCAGAGAAAUCUGCUUAUUGUACAACCCACUUUCAUUCUCCAUUCCCCCCAUAAUCUUUCUGCUUCUUAGAAUCAGCAACAGAAAUAGGAAGUCAAGGCAUCUGUGAAGAGCCUCGGGUAGAUGGAAUGGGCUGCCGCAUCCACUGGAAACUGGCUGCUGGCUUUUUGAGUAAAAAAUAUCCCACAUGCAACUGGAGCUUCUGUCUAUACCACCUUCUAAAAGUGAUCAUCAAAGAACUGAAUGAGGUAUACCAACAUAAUAGUACACCUGCCAGCUUUUCCACCUCAUCAACUGCCUUGCUAAUGGACUUUGGCCCCUUCAGUUUCUGAAACCAAUCUGAAUAGCUCUAACAAGAUGCCACAGUUACAGGGAAUAGUAACACUGAAAUAUCUGAAUACUUCACACAGCCAAGAGAUAAUAAACUAUACCAUCAUAUCUGGGGAAAUCAUAUAGAAAAGGCUCUGUUUGUACUUCGUCAGCAGCUGGAUCAUAUUUGUGAAAAAGGAGGCAUACAUACAGGGGAUUUUAUAAAAAUAUUUCAAAUAAUUUAUUUACCUCUUCACUAAUUCACUCCAGCCUUUAUUCAGUUGAUUUUUAUUGAGCACAUUCUAUAUACAAGACAUAUCAUUAAGUACAGCAAGGUAUCCAAAGACAGGUCCUCUAUCAUUAAUAAGUAUAAUAUCUGGAAUUAAAUCUGAACUAUUGUAUAACUGGUGGUGAAAUAAGACCAUUAAGACAAGGAUAAAUGGUUUUGUGACAAAAAUUUAUAUUCUUUUAUUUUGCAAAGAUGACUCUAAAGUGAACAGAUUUUUGGCCUUAGAAAUUGUAUUAGUUAUCUAUUGUGAUAUAACAAAUUAGUAUAAAAUUUAGCAGCAUACUACAACACAUAUUUCUUAUUUCACACAGUUUCUGAGGCUCAGGAAUCCAGGGAAGGUUUAGCAGAGUUUUCUGGGCCAGGGUCUCUCAGGAGGUUAUAGCUAUUAGACAGGGAUGUAAUCAUCUGAAGGCUUGACUAAGGCUAUCUCAUGGCCCACGCAUAUGGCUAUGGAUGAAAGGCCCCAAUUCGUUGUUGGCUUUUGGCAAAAGGUCUCUGUUCUCCUCAUGUAAGCCUUUCCCCAAGGCUGCUCUGAACAUGGCAGUUGGCUUCUUCCAGAGCCAGUGGUCCAUGAAGUGAGCAAGGAAGAUGCCACAGUGACUUGAUGACCUAGUCUCCAAAGUUACAUGCUGUCACUUCUGCUUUCCUCUAUUCAUUGGAAUUGAGUCACUAAGUCCAAUCCAUUUGUAAGGUGAGGAAGAUUAGGCUAUACUCCGGAAACAGGGAGUACAAAGACACUGUGGAUAUAUUUUCCAACUACCACAGAAGUGAUGUUAAUGCCUCAAAUAAUUUAGUUGAACUUUUUUGCAUGUAGUAGAACUGUUUGCCUGUACUUGCUAUUUUUUGUUGGUAACUUUUUAAUCACAGCUUUUGCAUUUCCUGAUUUAAAAAGUAACACAUGUUCAUUAUAAAAUAUUUAAUAAGCAGAGAAAAUUUUUAAAAAAUGAAUCAUCGAUAAUUCUAUAAUCCAGACAUAACCACAUUGAACAUGUCUUCAGUUUGAGUUGUAUGUACAAAUACCAGUGUUCACACACAUAUAAACACAUAUUUUAUGGAUAGUAAAUGUUUUAGAAUAUUUGUGUGUAUAGUCUUAUUUAGGUACAUAAGGAGAAUUUACUCCUAUAAUUAAAAUUCAUUUGGGAACAAUUCUAAUAGCUGCAUAACAUUCUAAGGAGAAGUAUUUCUUUCCUUCUUUCAUCUUUCUUCUAUAUUUGACAUUUAGGCUAUUUGUUAUUUUUUUUGACAAUAAAUAGGAAUAUAGUAAAUAUAUUUGCAUAAUGUCUUUGUAUGACUGAUUAUUUCAAUAUAAGAUUCUAUAAAUAGAAUUAUAAUAUGAAAUUAUAGCUUAAUUGCUUUCUAGUUAUAUACAUUUGUAUUGCUACAGUAGUUUGAGCGUCCAUCUCAUUGUAAUUUGUUGAGUAUUUAAUAUUGUCCCUUCUUAAUCUUUACUGAUUUAAUAGGCCAAAAAGUAUAUUUUACUUUUCUUUAAUUUGUAUUUUGUUGACAUGCCAGUUAUUUUUUGCCUCUCUGUUCCAAAUUCAUUCUUUGCUGUCAGCUUUGUGAAAUGGAUACGGACCCUUUAAAUAUGUUUUCUUCGAAGCUUGGAUGCCAUGCUUUGCCAGCAGAGGGCACUGGAGAAGCACCGUAGGAGGAAGUCUGUCUUUCCUGAUUCCUAGUGGCUGGCUGGGUGGCCGACUUUUUUCUCCACUGCUCUGCCCAGUGCUGGUUGCCGGUGGCUUGCAGCUUUCUGUAGCAUUUAUUUCCCCCACUGCUUUCCCAGUUUUUGAUUGGGUUUGUGGUGGCAUAACCUGGAGCCCCAGGGCAGGCCUGUGCCCUACUCACAUCAUUGCUCUCUGCACCUUCUCAACAUGGUGCAUGUUCCCUGAGAGGGCCCUGUGGGCUGGCCAUCUGGUGAGCCACUUGCCUGGCCUUUAUCCCAUGCAGCCUUAAAGGUGCCACAGAACCAAAUCAUACACAGAGUUGUCCUAGGUUUCUUCAAAGGAGGCCCUUCCGGCUCCCAGUCCUAGCAGCGUCCCUGACUCUCUGUGCCGACCCUGCAGCCUCGGCUUACCUGUUCCUCUAAACCAGCGGUUCUCAACCUGUGGGUCGCGACCCUUUGGAGGUCGAACGA